AUGUUCUUCCUCCACGAAAUGGAACGGGUCGUAAACCUGCACCCCUCCUACUUCGACAAGGACACGCACAAAUACAUCACCGACACCCUCUACCAAGACGUCGAAGGCACAAACACCGGAAACUUCUACAUCGUCUGCGUCGUCAGCGUAAUCGACAUUUCGGAACCUCGCGUCUUGCCAGGCAGCGGUUUUGCAGAAUUCACAAUCAUGUUCCAAGCCGUGGUUUGGAGACCCUUCAAGGGUGAGGUCUGUGAUGGUAUGGUGAGCAGUGUGGUUAGCAAUGGCUUCUUUGUGGAUGUGGGUCCGUUGAAUGUGUUUGUUAGCAAGGCUAUGAUUCCCAGUGACAUCAAGUUCGAUGGUAAUGCCACGCCGCCACAAUUCACUGAUAAUGCCGAUCAAGUCAUCGAGAGAGGUACUCAUAUUCGUGUCAAGAUCAAGGGUAUCAGAGGUGAAGUCGGUCAGAUGUACGCCAUCGCAACCAUCAAGGAGGAUUUCCUCGGUCCCUUGCUCGAGGCUUGA